CGGAGUUCAAGACUCCGCUGCCGCCAUCUCUAACCGUUACGUACACGUCUUAUGUACGCUAGUGCUUGCCGCUUGGUUGGACUUCUUCCUACAUCGGCGAGGACUAAUAACUCCACGCUUCCGCUCUGUCAGUCCUCCCGUCAGCGUGCCUCGCCUUCUAAGGGCGGGCUUCCGGCGCGUACACCAGCACAGGCUGCGGCAGCCGCGCAGGUCCAGGAAAUGCUUCGCGCGGCUCGCGAAAAUCAAGUCCCCGCUCUUCAAGCGGAAUUAUCUUCCUUUAAGGGAGAGGUUCACGGCAUUCUCGCCGAAUAUGGCGAGCGCUUGGGCGAAAUAACCUCUGCCCUGAAGGAUGUCCAAGCGCAGCUUCGGGAUUUGUCACCGCCGCCUCCGAGUACGUCGGACACUCGGCGUAAGUCGAUAAUUAUUGAUGGCAUCUGCGAGACGCUGGACAGCAAUCUGGCCGCGUUUCUAGACGUGGAUAUGCUGCAGAAUUGCGCUUUCCAGGCGCUUCUGCAGCGCCACCUUAAUCCCGAAGUCCGUUUGGAUGAGGUCAAGCAGCUCUGGAGCGAGGGCAUCGCCAAGCAAGCCGUUCUCCGUUCUCGGAACGAGCUUUUUAACAAGCUUCGUAACCAGAAGAAGAACGCCAAGACGGGUAGUCAUUGGGACAACUUCAAUGUGGAGUGGUGGGGUGGUGUACCAAAGCUAGUCUGCCUGUUCUGCGAUGAGCCGCUCAGCGCAGUGAACCCAUCCUUUACCAACGCGCACCACAUCAAGCAAGGUGCUUGCAAGGCUAUCAAACAGCGUGCAGCGUCACUCAGCCAGCAACAGCAACAGAGUGGAACCAGCUCUGCUGCGGCGGGCCCCAGCACGGCGGAUCAGCAGGCCCUCUCCAAGCGCCGGCGCGGCAUUGAUGGCCAGACCCUCCUCCCAGUGAUUCCCGCGACUCUCACGGGGCAAGUCGUGGAGGAGCUUGGCAUGUUCUUCUACAGGAACAACGUGCCUAUUCACCUGAUCGAGAAGCCCGAGUUGCGGAACCUAUUCGGGCUGCUGGGCGUCACCCUGCCGAACCGGAAGCAGUUGAUGGGGCCAAUGCUGGACCGCGCCUACAGCAAGGUUAAGGCGCAGGUGGCGCAGGUCAGGCAGCGCAUGUGUGGCCAAGCUGCACUCUGCUCAGAUGGCUGGCGCAAGCGUGCCGCUGAGCAGGGGGUGCCGCUCAUCAACUUCAUGCUGCUGCUGCCAACGGGCUCGGCCUUCCUGCGUGUCGUGCGUGCAGCUGGUGUACGGAAGGACGCGCAGUACAUCAAAAAGAUCCACCUGGAUGUGGUGGCGGAAGCGUUCACCAAGCCUGACGACUGCAUCGGCUUCGUAAUGGACAACACGGCGACCAACCUGGCCGCCAUCCAGCUGCUGCGCAUUGAAAACCCCCGCUGGCUGGGUGUGGGCUGCGGGGUACACGGCAUGGCGCUUGUUUUUAAGGACCUGGCGAAGGAGAAGAACGUCAAGUGGGCGGCCAAGAUCUUCAACGCUUCUAUCACCAUCUCCACAGUGGUUGGCGACUCGGAGCGCAUCCGGGCUUUGCUGGGCGUGCACCAGAUGGAGAAGUACGGCAAGAAGUCGGCCAUUACCGCCAACACCCCAACCCGCUUCGCUGUGAACUAUUUUGUUCUAAGUGACGUGCUGGCGAAUGAGGAUGCACUGAAGGCCAUGGUGCGCAACAAGGAGGCGUGGGCUGGCGCCAGCGACGGCACCUCAAAGGCGCAGGAGUUUAAAGCCAUGGUCGAGGGUGAGGGCAGUUCCCGGAACUUGGGCCUCUUUUCGAAGGGCGCCAAGCUGGCGGAGUUUUGCGAGCCCAUUUCCAAGGCGCUGCACAAGCUGGAGUGCGACAGACCGAUGCUGAGCCAGAUGUACCCGGUCUGGAAGGCCCUGCUUGCAACAGCAAGGGACUUUGAUGAGGCAAACACCGACUGCCCAGGGCUGUACGACCUGCUGAAACGGCGCUACGACAAGCAGGUCAACGCCUGCUGGUUUGCAGCAUUCCUGCUGGACCCGCGCAAUAUUGAUGUGUCGCUUACCAACCGGUACAUGUUACCGCUCGGCCAGCUGGAGCUGGAGGAGAAGUCAGCGGCGAAGGUCCUAAUCCAGGAUCUGGCCGCAGGCAAAGAUGCAGCUAAGCGGGACCGGGUUGGGGAAGAGUGGACACGCCUGGGACUGGGCAUUCCCAAAGCGUUCGAUGAGUGGUCUGAGCUUAUGCGCAUGCACAAGGAGAAAUUGUUGCCUGACAGCAGCACCCGUGUGAUGGGGGCUUCGCUGGAUGACUGCAUCAGCUACUGGGAUGUGCACCUCGCCGCACAAUUCCCACUGAUUGCAUCGGCAGCCAUUCGCUUGCUGCUGAUGCACGCAUCAACCUGCUCGUCCGAGCGCAACUGGUCGGCAUGGGGCCUCGUCUACACGAAGGCGCGCAAUCGGCUGGCCAUUGAGUGGGCGGAGAAGAUCGUUUACAUCCGUGGCAAUGCAGGCUUGCAGGGCAACCAAGGCGCUGCGGCGGAUGAGGUGGAGCUGAUUCUCCAGCAGUGCGAGGAGGACGAGCAGGAGCAGGAAGCACAGCAGCAGCAGCAGCAGCAGCAGGGAAACGUACACCCUAACACGCAGAUUGAUGACUGAGCAACGAUAGAUUGAGCUGCGGCAGUUUGCUGAAUUGGAGGGUUACAUACUGGGCCGUUGUAGUGCAGGAACUUCACUAGUAUGGCGUCCUUGUGUUGUCUUGUCAACGCUGGGUCUUCUAUCUGUGAUUAUGUCUUUAUGUGCCAUAACACGCCUUGAGACAUGGGGUUUGAGGUCCACCUACCGGGCACCGAAGUAACAAAAAGUGUUCUGGAUGACCACAGCGAUCUGCUUUCUCAUGUCUAAGUAAAUAUUCAGAAAGAACAAAAGAAGACCUUUCCAACGGUGUAAUUUUCAGGU